UCUUUUAACCGGAAAUUUAUAUCUUGUGAUACGCCAGGAAGCCUGGCCUACACGGGAGGCGUUCCUAAAUUAAAAAGGAAGCAACAGGCAGCAGAGCAACAGAGAGAGAAAGAGCCCCUCUCUCCCACGACCCCCACGCCUCGCUCGCGGAUCGCCCGCGCCGGAAGCCAAAGCAAAGCCACGGGGAGUCGGGAAGGGAGGAGCGAGCAAGCGAGGAGGAGGAGGAGGAGGAGGGGGGCAGCAUGGACGCGCGCAGGAAGAAGGCGCCCGCCGAGGCCGCGAAGAAGCGGCCGGGAGGCGGCGCGCGCGGGCCCAGGCCCGGCGCGUCCCCGGCGGCGCCGCCCGCGGACCCCACCGGGAGCGGCGCGGCGGCGGCGGAGUGCGCGGCGGCGUGCUGCGUGCUCUGCGCGUGCCUGCCCGUGGCCGUGCUCUGCUGCGUGGCGCGCGCGCCGCUCCGCGUCGCGCGGCGGUGCUGCGGGCGGUGGAGGCGGCGGCCCCGGCGGCGGCUCGCGCCGGGGGGCUCGUCGUCCUUCUCGGACGCCGAGGUCGGGGAGUUCCUGCAGGGCGGCGCCGGCGCCCGCAGGCGGGCAAUGGGGCGGGAGGAGGGCCAGGCCCCGGCUCGGUCGCGCUCGCCGCGCGGUCGCGGCGGCCGGACGACCUAGCAGCAGCCGCCUCCGGCGCCGGCGCGCCGCCGCCUCGGGAUCGGAGGAGAUUAUUAGCGUCAAGUUAGUCAGUUACUGACAUUUCCCCGAUUUUUUUUCCUCUGCAAUUUUGUUGUAACCACAACCAGAGGAUCUGCCAAGUAGGAUCUGGUGCUGUUUACAUUUGCUCCUCCUCGGCUCCGUUUAGCUAAUUAGCUCAUCCAGAAAAAGGAAAAAAAAAAAGUUGAUAUCACGCCGAUCUUACAAGGCCAUGGCAAAGUGCCCAAGUGCAGUGUUCUCUCUCAGUCUCUCUUUUUUUCUCUGUACAUGGUCCGAUCAUUCAAGAGCUACAUUUACCA